AUGUCUUCUGCCGCGCUCGCGUCGUCGUCCUCGGCGUUCGCGUCGCGUCGCGUCGCGCGCGCGUCGUCGCUCGUGCGCCGCGCCGCGCGUCGCCGCGUCGUCGUCGUCGCGCGCUCGUCGUCGAAUCUCACAACGUCUCCCCCCGGCGCCUCGUCCGACGGCGGCGACGCCGACGCCGACGCGCGUCGUCGCGACGAGCGGACGGACGACGUCGCGCGCGCGGUCCUCGAGUUCCACGCCGCGGAGGGCAACGGCAACGGCGCGCGCGGCCGCGGCGGCGAGCGCGUCGUCCCGCUCGCGUCGUUCGCGCGUCGAUACGGAUGGUCCGAGUCGCGCGCGGAGGGCGUCCUGUGGCAGAGCGACGUCCCCGCGCGAGCCUUCGGCGUCCUCCCCGUCGCGGACGAAGACGGAACGUCAACCGGCGCGGCGCGCGCGGCGCGGACCGUGGACGCCGCCGUCGCGUACGAGGGGAUGUGGCGCACGUUCGUGGAGACGGACGCGGUCGUGGACGCGCUCGCGCGAGCGACCGCGCGAGGAGACGGCGACGGCGACGGCGACGGCGCGCGAAAACCCGCGCGCGGGCACCUCACGAAGCGCCGCGCGUUCGACGACGCGCUCGCGUCGCUGCGUCGCGACCACCCGGCGUCGUGCUUCCCGGAGGGCGGCGCGUCGCUCGCGGCGGGAGCGAGCUCGACGACCGCGCGAUGGAACGAGUUCCUCCGCGCGCUGAGGCGGCGGUACGGCGCGAGCGCGAGCGCGUGGCCGUUCGCGCUGCUCACGAAAAAGAUCAAGCGUCGGCGCGUCUACGCGUGCGCGGCGGCGGCGUCCUUCGACGCGGAAGGAUGGACGGCGGCGGGAUGGGACGUCGUCCUGAGAGGCGACGCGCGCGUCGAGAGAGGCGGGUUCGGCGUGCGAGGCGGGAUCGGGCGCGGCGGGAGCGACGCGUCGCCGGUCGCGGCCGCGAAGGCGGCGGUCGCGGCGGCGUCGGAGGCGGCGGCGGCGGCGGCGAACGAGUACGAGAACGACGACGCGGCGCGUCUGGCGGCGCUCGAAGCGAUGGACGCGCGGCGGGUCGCGAGGGCGGCGACGUGGAAGGUCGUGGAGACGACGGAGACGUGGGAGGCGUCGUUCGCGGCGGCGGCGGCGGGAGAAGAAGAGGAGGAAGAGGAAGAUGAGGAGGAGGAGGAGGAGGAAGAGGAGGAGGAGGCGACGGCCGCCGCCGCCGCGAUCGUCGCGAAGAACAACGUCGUCGCGCCCGCCAUGACGCCCGCGGAGCGUCGACGCCGCGCGCGUCUGGGCGCGUGGUGA